AUCAGUCACUUCAUGACAAGAGACACUUCUGCUUUUAGGAGAGCGUCUACAUCCUGGUUCAGUUUCAUGAAUCUCACAUGCGCACGUGUAAUCUAGUGGAUACAAACCUUCAGCAUGAGCAACAGUCUCCACAUGAAGACCUGCGGCUCAAAUAUGAAGCUCUUCAUCGCAGUCCUGAUGAUCAACCACUUCUGUGCUUUCUCGCAAUUUAACCAUGAAGUUAAAUAUCUCAUAGGAUGCUUUCUAAAUGGCACAACUGAGGUACAGUUCGAAUUUGACUCUGAAGAGAUCUUGUACGUGGAUUUUGAAAACAGUUCAGUUGUAUACACUGUGCCAAGGAUUAUUUCAGACGACCCGAGUCAUAUGUUUGACAACAUGGAUGUGUUCAAAAAUGCUCUGAAAGCCAAGAGGUUUUGUCCAGCAGCUCUGAGACUCUAUGUAGUAGAGGAGAAAUAUCCACCAGAAGUUAAAGACCCACCUGAGAGCAUCCUCUACCCUGCAGAUGAAGUUGAGGCAGGAGUUGAAAACAGCCUCAUCUGCUUUGUCAACAAUUUCUUCCCACCUGCCAUUAAAGUCAGAUGGACCAAGAACGGUCUUCCUGUCUCCGAGGGGGUGUCACGCAGUCGAUUUUAUCCCAACGAAGAUCAAACCUUCUACCAGUUCUCUACUCUGACGUUCACACCGAGGGAGGGAGAUAUUUACAGCUGUACCGUCGAACACACAGCACUAGAGAAGCCUCUCACAAGAAUCUGGGAACCUGAGCUCAGUCAUCGCGGUCAUGGACUGGAUGUUUACUGUGGAGUGGCUGUGACUGUAGGUUUACUGGGCAUCGCAGCUGGAACAUUUUUGCUUGUCAAGGGCUGCAGAGGAAAUAAUUGUUGCUCUUAAAGAGAUUAUACACGAUACAUUGGAGGUGAUCAUACUUUACCUGGGAUUAAUAACAUUAAGUACAUUGAUUGGAGCUGUAAGCAGAAAUAUUUCUUUUUUUUUCUUAGUUUUACAGUUUCAGUGAAAAUACCAAGACAGAGAGUGGACCACUAAUAAUAACAUCUGUUGACUAAGUUCUUAAAGAAGGAGUGAAUUAAUCAAUAUUUAAAUGUUAUGAAUGUGCACACAAUAGUACCAUAUAAAAGGAAAACCAAUCAUCAGCUAUGUUUUUAUGUGGGAUGAACAGUUCAUAUGCUAGAUUAUAUUUAACUGAACACAUAAGCAGUGGCUAUCAUCUGCAGCUUCUUGAUAUAUAUAUUUUUUUUUAUGAUUUAUUAGAAGUAUUUACCCUGUGACUAUUAUAGGGCCUUGUAUGUUAAAGGGGGGAUUUUAUUCUGUCAUUUUAUGCUGCCUUUUCUGAUUUGCAGCAUUGUUUAGUACAUUAUGCUGUAACAACACUUACUGUGAAUAUUAUAUUACUUUAUAAUUAGAACAUGUUGGGACUAUUGAGUUCUUAAUUCUGUAGUCAUAUUAAUAUAUUGUUUGUUUAUAUAUAAAACUGAAUUGUAAUUCUUCCUGUGCAUUAUAUGCAUCGUGGUAGUAAUUUGACAUAAUUUGCCAAUAAAGCUCAUUCUGAUUAUUUA